GUUUUUGGCUUCAAAUUCGUGCAAAUGUGACAAGAUGGACAGAAAAGUAGCGUUAACUGCUGAAGAACUUGAAGAAAUUGCGCGGAAAAUAAGUGAGUGUGGGUUGACUGACGAUUCGGAUGUUGAAGAACCUUUUCAAGAUUCCGGAUCCGAGUAUAAGUCACAAUCGGAUAUUUCAUCUGAAAGGGACCUGGAGCUUCCUGCCCGUCGUACUACACAUAAACGCAAAAGGAACAACCAACAGAAAGCUAAAAACGAUUUGCCUGAUGAUGAAAUUCUUAGCGUAGAGCCUAAUUUAGCGUCAGAUCUUGAGAAGAUUGAGAAGAUUGAGAAGAAUAUUCACUGGAGCACUAGUGGAUCUUCAUUUAUUCCUUCAAAGAGUGUACCUACCGCGCAUGUUACACGUAUUUUACAUGCAGAUAUUACUCAUAAAUAA